AUGGGCACAACUUUGAUUAGAGGAGAUGCUGUGCUUGCACUCAUAUCAGUUUCCGCGGAUGGUUCUGUGACCUAUUCUCGCAAUGGUAAAAUUGUUUGGACCAGGGACGAAUCACUAAGCUAUAUCGCAGAUUCGGCUUUUCUUAGUCUUCCCAAAAAUACUCUUUUCUCUGAACAACUGGAUGAGCUUCGUGAAGAGCCCGAGGUUUCUGCAUCCAUCUCAAUGGCUGAGCGAUACGUUCGUCGCUGGAGCGUGCAUAUUGCCAAGUUUAACGAUUUUCUCAAGGAUCUAUUUGUUGGACAAGGUAUCUUGCAGCCCAAAUCAAACACCACCACCGUAGGCAUUAGUGACGCGCAUGGAUUUAAAAAGUUUAUUCUUUUUGCAUCAUCGACUGGGAAGGUGAAUGCUUUGGACAGUCUUACUGGAAGCCCUGUUUGGUCACGCUACUUUGAGUCAUUUCAUAUACAUAGCAUUCACAUAGUUCGACAUGCCCAUGUCAAAAAUCCUCCAGUGAUUGCUUUGGUUGGAACUGAUGCAUCUGAAAAGAACACCAUUAUCUGGAGAGUGAAUGGACUGACUGGUGAAGACUAUGUUUCAAGUCUUCAACCACAGAUCAAGGCUCGCACCAAUUUACAAGGCAUUAAGCAUGGUAUAUCGAUGAUUGAAAUAGCAGAAACUGACGAGCAUACUAGCAUUAUGGUUUUUAUGGACCAACCUACAGAGCUCAAAAUUUUCCCCGACACACCUGCUGCUCAUGCUGCAUUUGAGCCAAACUGCUUAUCGUUCUAUACUUAUCGUGCUAUGGGUGACACGGGUCUUCAAGGGUACGCUUUGCAGGUGCCAGAAAAAGGUCGCAAGGCAUACCGACUGGAAAAAACGUGGAAUCUUGAAUUUCCUCAAGGAGAAAAGCUUCACGCACUCUCUGAUCGUGCAUCAGAAGUAUCUGUUGCUUCCAUUGGUCGAGUGCUUGGUGAUCGAACAGUUCUUUACAAAUACCUUAGCCCAAAUAUGCUUGGUGUUGCUACUGUUCGCAAGGAUGCUGAUGGUACGAUAGUAUCAUUCUUUUAUAUUGUGGAUACAGUAUCGGGAUCUAUUCACUAUCGUACUGCGCAUCAUGCAGCUGGUCCGGCCAAUAACGGAGCAUCACCAAUGCAUAUUCUUCAAGUUGAAAACUGGUUUGUAUACACGGCAUGGAACUAUGGACCUGAUGCAACGAAUGAAGAGAUUUGGAAUGGUUUGUCCGAGGCAACACUUGCUUCGAAUUCGCAUAGUUCUGGCAAGGCGGGACAGACCAGCAAAAAGGCACGUAAAGCCAAAGCAGGAAAGACAUCGAAUCGUGCUAGUGUUCCAGAUGCAAAGCAGCUUGAGAUUGUGGUGAUUGAAAUGUACGAAAACUCGAAGCCAGAUAAGAGAGUGGACAGUCCAACACUGUCGUCGUAUUCUAACAGCCGUCCGGGUAUUUACGCACAAGCAUAUGUCUUUCCACUUCCUAUUACUGCAAUUGGUGUUACCCAGACGUUGGCAGGCAUUACAACUCGCGAGGUGUUGUUUGGACUUGAUACUGGAUUUUUGUAUGGACUUAAUAAGAAACUUCUUGAUCCGCGUAGAACAUUGGGCAAACAGUCGGCAGAAGACAAGGAGGCAGGAAUAUUUCCAUACGUGGCCAGUCUGGGUCUUUCCACGUAUGAGAUUGCAUCGUAUGGACAGGAAGUUCUUGGUAUUCAAAAAAUCAUAAGCUCGCCAACCAACCUCGAGUCGACUUCGUUGGUAGCAAGUUAUGGACUGGAUUUGUUCUGUACUCGCCGUAUGCCUUCUCAAGCAUUUGACGUAUUGAGUGCUGACUUCAACUAUGCAGGACUGAUAGCUACGAUUGUCGCACUCGUUGUAGGAAUUUUUGUCGCCAAACAUUAUAAAUAG